CCCCAUUUCCCCAAACUUUAGUAUCCUUUACCCUCUCUCCCUUCUUCCUUUUUCAUCCCCCCUUCUUCUUUUUAAAUCCAUUUGUAAACCCAAGCUCAAAUACAUAACAAAUUCUAUUUAGACUUGAACUUCACUUAUCUCUCUAAUGGAAGAAUACUAUUACAAGAGAAGUCAAGUACCAAAAUUUGGGAGUUGGGAUUGGAAUGAUCAUAAUAACAUUCCAUACACAAAAUGUUUCGAUUCCGCGACACAACCUGGUUCGCUACGCUAUAGUUACUCAGCCGAGUCCGAGGAUCGUGAUCUUUAUGUUACAAGAGAUUUUUAUGGCAACCAUAUUGUCUCACCCACCAUGCUCCUUAAUGUUCCUCGCAAAAGGGCAAAGGUACGUGACCAAAAUGAAAAAGAAACAAAAAAGAAGAAUUGGGUCAAUAAUAUGGAUAUUGUAAUUGUACCAACCUCAGAACCAAUUGAAGAGGACUUAUACAACAUCUCCCCACACAUUCCUUAUGCCAAAGUUAAAAAGAGGAGAGGGUUAUGGUUCUUUUCUAGUUGCUUUUUACCAACUUGCAUUGCUUGAAAUGGAAAGAAUUGAAGAAGUGGUCGAAAGGCCAAAAAUGUACAAAAAUGUGUGUAAUAGAAAGAGAUACAAAUGCAAUAUAUUGCUUAUGUAAAUAUUGCAACAUAUUUUUGGUCCAAGAAGAAUAUUAUGAUUAUCAUUUCAUGGUAAGAUGUUCUUGCCAAUUUAUUGAUGCUUAUAAUUAUUACAUUUUUUUUUUUGUGUAAAAAAAACAAUUAUUAUAUUUUCGGUAGUUUAGUAUUCGAUGUACUUAUGCAUUAACAAAAGGAC